AUGGAGACACUUGCAGCGCCAAUCCCGGUGUCAGUCGCAGAAUCACUCUCCGUCUACGCCAUCCUCCCAGAGUCGCUGGACUUGACAGCAGCGUUUCUCCGGCCGGUUCUCACAGAUUACAUUACAUCAGUCACCUCGGGGCCUCCCGUGUGGGCUUCUACGCGUACAGAGUCCUGCGAAAUCUGCGAAAGGGACUGGAUUCCUCUCUCUUACCACCAUCUCAUCCCUCGAGAAGUCCAUGCCAAGGUGCUCAAACGCGGCUGGCAUGAUGAGUGGCAGCUGAACAGUGUUGCUUGGUUAUGUCGUGCUUGCCACAGCUUUGUGCAUCGCAUGGCGAGCAAUGAGGAGCUGGCACGAGGGAGUCCCAUGGGCAUAUCUCCUUCUACUCUUCCUCUCCUCAGACCUCCUCUGCCACCUUCCAUUUUCAACCACCACAACAACUCCCAGCUGACUGCGAGCCAAACUCCACGAUUCGCAUCUCCAACGCAAACGGAGUGGCUCCAACACACCAAUACAAAAGUUGAAAAGGCCUCCAGCAUGUCUAGCCCUGACACUCAUAGCUACACUCUCCCCAAAACACAGAACUUCUUCUUCCACAUCUACACAACCCACGCCCACAGAAUCAUCGAAGACUACAUCGCAAGAAACAAGAAAGAACGCAUACGUCGGGCCAAAAUCGAGACAGACAUCAUCCGCUUGACCCAUGAGAAUCCCGAUCUGCCGAUUUCUCACAAGGUGAUCAUGCACACAAACACAUUCGAAACCUUCUGGUCAGAGCAAAAGAUAGCAUACGACUUGCCCGACAAGUCACUGGCUCGAUUAGAGCCUGAGUACAGUCUUAUGGAUGAGGUCGCAUGCCCUGCUCAACAGGGGGAUGACUCUGGUCUUUCUGCCGUCGAGAACUUCACCACCAAGGACAAGGAAGACGAUGCGCCAAAUGCAAAGAAGCCCGCUCGAGGGGCGAACAAGAAGAAGAACAAUAACAACAGCAGCAGCAGCAGUAACAACACCCAGCCACGCCAGCCGCUAUCUAACAAGAAAAAUGCUCAACCUCAAGGUAUCAAGGCGCCUAGAAACAGAGCCGCUACUGCUGCUGCCACCACCAAGAAGCCUCAGACUGCAGCACCAUCAAAGCCAAAACCGACGACGUCCACAUCAACAACAACAACAACACGCAAGCCCACCGGCGUAAUCAAGAAUGUCUCCCCUAAAGCAGUCUCAUCUACAGCUGCACCGUCGCCUCGAGGCCCGCUCAGUGCACGCGAGGCAUACGAACAGUGCAUGGCUCGGAAUCGUAAUGAGCCCAAGCUGCGUGGACCAUCAAGUGACGAGGAGGACGAUGACGACGAUGGAAGCAGUGAAAGCGAAGCAGAGUGA